AGUGGCGUCGCACAGUGGUGAAGUAAACAGUCGGUUAGCGACAAUAUAGAAUCAUGAGCUUCUCUGUAUAACCGUAUAGAGAUUGAGUGUGUUAUAUUUCUUCUCCCUGUAUGUGUCUGUUCUUCCUCUCGCCAUGAUUCCCGUGCCGCUCGUGGUGUGUGUUUUGGGCGGCUGGUGCUUCGUCUAUCUAACAGACGUGCUUCUGAAGUUGUCUGAGUCAUAUGGUCAUUGUUAUGAGAUGUGGCUAGGGUCAAAGGGUCUGUCUCUCUCUCCGUUCCACAUCCGCUGGCAGACCUCCCUCUUCAACCGCCUCUUCUCACGCUGCGCUCGCAUCAACCCCCACGCCCUCUACCUCUGGUUUACCAGUGGUCUAGUGUUUGGGCUGGUGUCUAUGUGUGGUUCGGUGGUGCUGCUAAUUAGAACCCUGCAGCAGACUAUCAAUCAGAUGACAUCAGACCACCCUCAGGGAGCCAAUCAACAGACACUACAGGUGGUGGUCCCAGGUAUAAACCUGCCAGUCAGUCAGCUGGCCUACUUCUUCUCUGCUCUGCUGGUCAGUGGGGUCAUACACGAACUGGGCCAUGCCGUGGCAGCAAUAAGGGAGCAGGUACGUGUGAAUGGUUUCGGUGUGUUUGUUUUCGUGGUGUAUCCCGGAGCUUUCGUAGAUCUCUUCACCACACAUCUCAACCUCAUCUCACCUGCCCAACAGCUACGCAUCUUCUGUGCAGGGGUGUGGCAUAACUUUGUGCUGUGUGUAGCAGCAUUGUGUUUCCUCUUCCUGUUGCCUGUCUUCCUGUUUCCUGUUUACUACACUGGGGCUGGAGCCCUCGUCACCGAGGUGGUGCAGGGCUCUCCUGCAGACGGUCCUAGAGGUCUGUCAAUAGGUGACAUGGUGACCGGGCUUGAGGACUGUGAUGUCAGAACCGUAGAGGACUGGAACUCCUGUCUCACAAUCCACACACACACACCCCAGACUGGAUACUGUGUCCCAACACACACCCUGCAACCCAGCUGGGCCCACGGUCGAGUCUACAGGAGGUUGGAUACCUCUAUAGAAUGCUGCAGUAACAACAGUCUGACUGAUCUUUGCUUCUCCUACACCAAACUACAGGAGAAGGAGUAUGCGUGUCUCCCGGCUCGUAAGAUGCUGUCUGGCAGCCGUGUGUGUCGCAGCAACGCAGACUGCCUCACACACACACAUCUUGACACAGACCCUGACACACACUCACCCAGUGUCUGUGUCACACCUUCACUGGAGAACCAGACCAGGUUGAUCCGGCUUACUCAUCCACCCAAUACACAGAUGCUGUUUGUGGGGUACCCUCCUCACCUCCAAUAUGCAGUCAGUCUGACCAACUUUGCUCCUCGCUUCGGCUUCCUGAACCUGGACCUCCCGGUUGUCAUGGAGACCUUCUGCAAAUACGUUGUGUCCCUGUCUGGAGCGUUAGCCGUGGUCAACUCUGUUCCAUGCUUCGCCCUUGAUGGCCAAUGGAUGCUCUCCGCUCUGCUGGAGGCCACGCUGGUCACUGUGGUUACAGAUCGGCAGCACCGCGAACUGAUUGGCUUUUUCCUGUUGCUGGGAGGAAGUGCUCUGCUGGCUGCUAAUGUAGCGCUGGGGCUGUGGAUGGUUACUGCCCGGUAACGGUAACUAUGACUACCAACCACCACCAACGCCUCCAUGGCAACCAACGCCAAGAGACUAUCUCCCGGGGUGCUGUGCCGUGCCUCCGCACAAAGGCAUUGUGGGUCUCUUCCUGCUCGUCUCUGAGAGAAAGACUCCAGUUCCCAUCAGGCACUGCGGUGCACAUGGUGACUAAGGGAUGCUGGGGAAAUUUUGUGUUCAGCUGCACCUUCUCUGCUCUCGUGUGUGUGUGUGUGUGUGUGUGUGUCGCGUCACACGCGCUGUGAAGAGGUAUGUGUUUCUGUUUUCUAGGGAAUUCAUGAUACAUUGUUGUUUUAUCUAUUUGUCUCCUCUCUGUCUCUUUGUCUGUCUGUCUCUCAAUUUAAUUUAAUUCAAGGGCUUUAUUGGCAUGUGAAACAUAUGUUAACAUUGCCAAAGCAAGUGAA